AUGUAUCUCCCGCGCCACUUAAUAUCCCACCUUUACCUCCAGCUCCUCCGCUCACAUCACCCCCUCUCUCCACCCGUGUUGAUCCUAGCAGCCCUCGAGCCUGACGCCCUCUGCGCGUGCCGCAUCCUAACCGCCCUUCUGAAACGCGACUAUAUACCGCACAAGAUCCACCCUGUAUCUGGGUAUGGUGAUCUCGCGCGCGCGGGCGAGGAGCUAGUCCGGCCAAUGCAGACAAGCAACGGAGGCAGUGGAGGCGUGGUUGUUUGUCUAGGUGUUGGUGGACUCGUGGAUCUCGCCGAGAUAUUAGGGUUGAAUGUGGGGGAAGAUCAAGAAGGGGCGGACGAUAUGGGUGGCGUGGAAGUUUGGGUGUUUGACGCGAGGCGGCCGUGGAAUUUGGCGAAUGUCUUCGGCGGCGGAGAGGGGACGCAGCAGCAAGACUCCAUGCGGAGGACGCCUGGUGUGGAUAAAGGAUGUAUUACUGUCUCGUAUAAGUUUGGGAGUGGAAGGGGCGGAGUUGUUGUUUAUGAUGAUGGGGAUAUCGAGGAAGAGAUGGAGAGAGAGAGAGAGGCUUAUUGUGCGUUGUUGGAUAUGCCGGAGGUGGAUGAUGAUGGCGAUGAUGAAGACGAGGAUGAUGAGCCGCCGUCGAGCACCGACUCAAAGAAGCGCAAGUCCUGGUCCCGGGAGGAUGAUGAGGACGAGGAGUUCGAUGAAGACGAUGGACCGCCUCGACAGCGGAGGCGGAGUAAUUCUGGAUCAUCUAUAGCUUCAUCACCGACCCGGACACGAGCGCGCACCAGACAUGAUUCCUCCAACUCAUCGCGCUCUGUUACACCCGUAUCAGAUUCUCCUUCGCCCGCGCAGCCAAAAGAGCCGUCCGCGCGUUCGUUGAGACGACGGUUGCUCCGACUGAAGCACAAGCACGAAAGCAUCUUACACCAGUACUAUUCCUCCGGAACUUCCUACUCCGAACCUAUAUCCUCCAUCAUGUACUCCCUUGCAUCAGAAUUGGGCCGUGAAGACAACGAUCUCCUCUGGCUGGCCAUCGUUGGGGUCUGUAGCUUGGAACUUAGUGGCCGCACUAUGUCUGGCGUGGGUGUCUCGAGCGCAUCGGAGUCUGGAGGGAUAGCGGGAUGGGGUGGAGAGCGGGGAGAGCGAAUACGGCAAAUAUUACGCGACGAAGUCCAUCGAUUAAAUCCGCCGGAUCCUAACGGCGAUAUACGAGGAGAGAUCGCGGGAGUCAUUCCUACUACUGCUCGAUCACCCACAGACAAGUCUAUUCGACUGUCUCCUGAGCCUCGCUUUAUCCUCGUUCGACACUGGUCGCUAUAUGAGAGCAUGCUGCACAGCCCAUACCUGGCCUCUAGGCUACAUGUAUGGACGGAGAAUGGGCGAAAGCGAUUGCAUAAGCUUCUGGCAAAGAUGGGAAUCAGCCUGACGCAAUGUCAUCAAAACUACACGCAUAUGGACAUGGAACUGAAGCGAGUCCUACGGCAACGAUUGCUUAAGUAUGCACCAAUGUACGGGUUAGACGGACUGGUACCUCCAGAAGCACCUGGGCAUGCCGUUUCACGGGAAGGCUGGGGUUUUGUACGGUGUUGGGGCUGGAAGGCCUGUCUCUCGGCUACUGAUGUAGGUGUCAUAGUAGGCGCCAUCCUAGAGGUUGGGCCCGAAGAAGUCCCGGGCGCGUGGGAUGCUAAGCGCAUACCCCGACUAAGGAGGAUAGAGGGUAGUUCAGGCUCUGACGAAGCUAAUGCGGAUCCGGCGAAUCUCCUUUCCCGGUUCUGGACGGCGUAUGAUGCACUGUCUUUAACGUCAGAAUCGCCCACGCUUCUCCUGGAAGCGCUUCCUCUUGCCCAGCAUCUGCACCGAGCGAUUCUUCGCACCGGCACAUCACUCUUGUCAAAGCAUCAAAUCCGACAUCUACGAGCUUUCCGCAUUGCCGUUGUGAAGGACGGACCUGAUGUUAAACUUUUCACGAAUCCGGGAGCAUUGACUAAGCUGGCAUUGUGGGUUGCUGAAGCCAUCCGCGUACAAGAACGAGACCGGGGCGAUGCUAUAAAGAUCGGAAAGAGAAGAGCAGCGGGCACUCCGCUCGUGCUUGCUGGACUCGACGAAGAUCGGGGCCUAUACGUUGUCGUCGGUACCGGCGGCGGAGGCGGCGUUAUUGAUUUUGCUGCCAUGCACAAGCGUCGGGAAGAACGUUGGAGAAAGAGAGAACUAAAGGAGAAGAAGCGCAAAGAGAAAGAAGAAGCAAAGGCGAAACGUGCCGCUGAACGAGCUGCUAGGGCGAACGAUGGUGAAGAAGACGAAGAGGAGGAAUCCGAAGAAGAGUCAUCAUCAUCCGAGUCUGAAUCGGACUCCGAGGAUGAGCAAGAUAUGCGCGGGAAUAAGCACCUUUUGCGCAACAGAUUCGGCAUCGCCUUCCAGGAAGUCGUACAGGAGACCAACACCCGGGUCCGCAUCGACAGCUUCGAGCACUGCGUCGUCGAGGUGCAGAAGGAUGACCUUGGCGGAUUCCUCGAAGCUCUCAGCUUCCGCAGCGUGGUUGGUUGA